UUCAGUGUAAGGCAGCGCUGUGUGAGAGCACCACUGUCACUGCUCUCUCCUCUCUGUCUGUGUUUCUCUCUUAUUGUCCACAGACACUUUCUCGCCUUCUCUCUGAUUUCUCUCUUUCUUUCUCUGCGCUCGUGGUCCCUCUCCUCCCCCCUCCUCUCUCUCUUUGCGUUCUUCCCCUCUUUCUCUUUCUCUCUGACUCUGUCCCAUAGGCAGAAAUAGGAUCUGUUACACACAGCGGCAGCCACAUCAAGAGCCCAGACCCUGUAGCCCGGGCUGACUCUUGCGCCAACCCUGGUGGGAACAUCAGUGGGUGGGUACUUGACAGAGCCAGCGCCAGCAAGAUAAAAUCACUCAGUGCUGCUGGAGGUGUGACACAAUCCCAGCCCUCUGCACACUGAUUCACACAGGAUUAAGCUACUGCGUGAUGCUUCAGGCGGAAGGCCUGGCAUAGCUGAAUUACCGUCCCUGUCAGACUUAACGUCUUUGGAGGCAUCCUCUGCCUUGCUCCUGUCUUCUGUGGAAGGACUAGUAAGAAUUAUCUGUCGCAGCAGCAACCAGAUCACCCAAAGGGAUGACUGGCAGUCAUCUGUCCCAGGAGUAAGAGAGGAAGCAAUGGGCUGGACUAUGUUUUUAAAAGAUGACUUUGGGGUCAUUGCCUGGACACGGCGAGCUGGGAACUACCUCUGCCUCUUCCUCCUCUUGUCCCUCUUUUCUGUUUCAGUCCAAUCAGACAUUGUGUUUCCUAAGAACCAUCAUUUCUCAUGGAAAGCAGGCCAGUGGGGUCAAUGUAUCGGGGAGGAGUGUGGUUCUGGCGGGGUUCAGACUAGGACAAUAUGGUGUGUCCACAUGGAGGGCUGGACUACACACCAUUCCCACUGCCACCACAUGGACAAGCCAGAAAGCCAGCGUCACUGCUUUAAGGUCUGCGACUGGCACCAGAACCUCUUUGAGUGGGAAGUGUCAGACUGGGGGGGCUGUGUUCUUGUCCCUUUCUUUUCCAACGAGCUCAAGCUUAGGACGACUGAGUGCAUUACAGCACAGCAUGGCAUCCAGAGGCGCAAAGUAAAUUGUGUCCGCACUUCAAACCAUACUAUAGUCACCUUGAGAAUAUGUGAGUUCUUUUCCCAGAAACCACCUGUGGAGCAGGCAUGCCUCAUUCCCUGUCCCCAGGACUGUGUAGUUUCAGACUUCAAUUCCUGGUCCAUUUGCAGCAAAACCUGCGGCGCUGGCCUGCAGCAUCGGACUCGACAUGUCCUGGCUACACCAAUGUAUGGAGGCAUAAGUUGCCCCAACUUAACUGAGACCAGGACUUGUUCCAGCUCUGUUGACUGCCCUGCUGGGGAGGUCGAGUACCAGUACAGCCUUAAAGUAGGGGCCUGGAGCGAAUGCCGACUACCCCAUCACAAGGAUGUCCUUCUAAGUGGGAGGACCACAGUGGACUUUGGUGCCAGCUCCAAUGAGAACAACACAGUAACACUGCAAACACAGGCUUCUCACCACCACGGCCAUCACCACCACCCUCAUGCACACAAGUACCCCAUGUCAUGGGAACUGGAGGUGGGAUACAAGACACGACAAGUCCGCUGCACACGGAGUGACGGCAGGAAUGCUAUGCUGAGUCUCUGUACCAAGGACAACUCCCCUCUCACCUUCCAGGUGUGUGUGAUGCCCAAGGACUGUCAGACAUCUGAUUGGUCCUCAUGGAGUCCCUGCUCUAAGACCUGCCGUUCCCCCGACCUGUCCCCUGGUUACAGACUCCGGUCACGGAUCAUGACGCAGAUCCCUGUUGGAGGAGGGAAACAAUGUCCUGCCCUUGAGGAAAAAGAAGCUUGCCACAUCAUAGGAGGUUUACUUCCAAACUGCCCCAGCUAUGUGUGGAGGACUACUGACUGGGGCGAAUGUCGCAUCCUCCCCUUACUGAGCCAGCAGGACCGGCGGCUGGCUAACAUCAGUAUUCUGUGUGGAAGGGGGAUCCAGACCAGAAAGACCUACUGUGUUCAAGUCCCUGAUGACUCAGCACAACAUCACAGGAAGGAGGUGUCCAGGCCUGUGAAUGCCAGGCUGUGCGCUGGUGAAGAGCCCCCCUUGGCCGUCCAGCACUGCUCCAUCCCUUGCCAGCACCACUGCCUGCUCUCGCAGUGGUCACCCUGGGGUCCCUGCCUACAUGACAACUGCAAAGAACCACAGGGGAAGAAAGGUUUCAGAAAGAGGAGGAGAGAGGUACUGUGGCAGUCCAGCAGUCCUCCGGAGACCUGCCCUCAUCUAGUGGAGUUCAUCCCCUGUGAGGAUCCUGCCUGCUACCUGUGGCAGGUCCAACAGGAAGAGAGAUGCAUUCCCACUAAAAGCUCCUGUGGUCCUGGAACUGCAGCCCAGAAUGUGACCUGUGUCAGCGCUGAAGGGUCUUACCCUGUGCCGAUUGCCCACUGUGUAGACGACCCUCCCCUCACGGAAGUGGCCUGCGAGGUGGCCUGUCCUUCAGACUGUGUGGUUGGCUCCUGGUCUCCCUGGUCACCCUGCUCACACAGCUGUACCACCAAGACUGCUGAGGGUCAACAGAGCCGCACACGCACUGUGUUGGCCAUCCCAGGGAAAGAAGGGAAGGAGUGUCCGGGGGCUCCAGCCUUGGAGGAGUGGAGAGUCUGCAAUGACCACCCUUGCAUGGUAUUCUACUGGGAGGCCUCAGCCUGGGGUACCUGUAUUGAGGAUGCCUUCAUGGAGCUCAAUGGAAGCAGCUCCUUGAAUGGGACUCCUACCUGUGCCAUGGGUGUUCAGAUCCGCAAAGUCAGCUGCAUGAAGAUGAAUGUUGGACCUGUCAUAAGUAAAAGGUGUUCAGAUUCUGCUCGUCCGGAAUCGGUCCGACCCUGUUUGCUUCCCUGCGAAAAAGACUGCAUUGUGACACCCUUCAGUGAAUGGACAGCCUGUCCAUCAACCUGUAUGCCAGAAAAUGUGACUGCCGCCACGCAGUCUCGAUACAGAACCAUCAUUCAGAGGUCAGCCAAUGGAGGUCAAGAGUGCCCUGACACACUGUAUGAAGAGAGAGACUGUGAAUCACGUCCUGUAUGUCCAGUGUAUAGUUGGAGGACACACAAGUGGCACAGCUGUAGCUUGGUUCCAGAUUCUGUACGACGUGGAUUAUCGGGACCAGGAGAGGCAUGUGGAAAUGGUUUAGAAACGAGAGGAGUCAGUUGUGUUGGGGAGAUGGGUGAGUCGGCCAACAUGACUGAGUGCCUGCGAUGGGCCGGCCCCUUGCCCCCUCAGAUCAGAGAGUGCCGGGUGGCUUGUAAGGAUGACUGCACUCUUACUUCUUGGUCCAAGUUCUCUGAAUGCGCUGGAUGUGGCAGCUCCCGCAGUCGUAAGCGCUCGCUAACAGGUCGCAGUAAAAAGAAGGAGCAUUGCCUGGAUGAGGUGUUACACCCCCUAGAGGAGACAGAGACUUGUCCCUGUAAUGAGUUUCAGUCCCAGCCUUUUGGGAACUGGUCUGCAUGCAUCCUCCCUGAUCCUUUGUCUCCAGGGUCCCUGCAGGGCUGGAUGAGCCACCGGGAGGUGAAGGAGUGUGGCCAAGGUCUGCGCUACAGAGCUGUGGCCUGCAUAGAUCAGCAGGGACACCUGGUCAAUCCCACACCUUGUUCAGACUCAGGCUACAUGGUGGAGGUUUGCCAUGUCCCUUGCCCCCUAGACUGUAAGCUCAGUGACUGGUCAGCCUGGUCAGCCUGCAGUGCAUCCUGUGGCAGCGGGUUGAAGAUCAGAUCCAAGUGGCUCAGGGAGAAAGCUUUCAACGGGGGUCGCCCAUGCCCCAAGCUGGAUUUGAAAAAUCAGGUAAGUUGUACACCAGUGCUUCUACUGUGUGUGAAGCAGGAAACAGCGAGUGGGGAGAACAGUACUUUGGAAGACAGUCUGUGUGAUCCAGAGGAAAUGCCCCCCAGAGCCCAGGUCUGCUUUCUGGCCUGCCCCAAUGACUGUGUUGUGGCACCCUGGGGACCUUGGAGCAACUGCCCUCUGCAUUGUGACCAAGGAACAGCGAGGAACAGAAGCAGACACAUCCUCCGCCUCCCAGCCUCAGAGAACUCGGGCUGCCCAGAGCUAGUCCAGUCAGAGCCCUGCGUCCUCAACAGCACCUGCUUCUCCUACCAGUACACAGUGUCAGACUGGAGUACAUGCCAGCUGAGUGAAAAUGCCAUCUGUGGUCACGGUUCACGGCUGCGUCUCGUGGACUGUAUUCGCAGCGAUGGCAAGAUUGUGGAGUUGCAGAAGUGCGAGCAGUUUGGGCUGAUCAACACGUGCAGGCUGUCAGAGAGCUGCGUGGUGGACUGUCCUGUCAGCUGUAUGCUCUCUGAAUGGUCGCCGUGGGCGGAAUGUUCGCAUACCUGUGGUAACCAAGGUCAGUCUCUGCGCACCCGGAGAAUCCUGCAGGAGGCUAAUGAUGAAGGUCGGCCCUGUCCCAACCAGCUCACCCAGAGCAAGCCAUGUCCCAUAAGGCCUUGCUAUACGUGGAUGCUGAGUGACUGGUCCACAUGCACUGUCGAGGGUGCAGAGUGUGGUGAGGGGCUUCGGAGAAGGAGCCUAUCAUGUGCCGUCAGUAGUUACAACCGGACUGAGUCUCCUCCGCAGCCAGUGGACGAGGAACUUUGUGGAGACAAACUGAGGCAGUAUAUCCAACAGGAGAUGGAGCAGCCCUGCUUCGUUCCCUGCCCAGGAGACUGCCAUUUGACUGUGUGGUCGUCUUGGAGCUCUUGCCAGCUGACCUGCCUGGAGGGGCGGAGUUUUGAAACCACCGGUCGCCAAGCUCGCUCUCGAGCUGUGAUCAUUCAAGUCAUGGAGAACCAGGGCAGCUGCCCACAUCAAGUCUUUGAGACCCAGCCCUGUAAAGGGGGGAAAUGCCACAGUUACCAGUGGAGGACUGGGGGAUGGAGCAACAAUGAGAGAGCAGUGUGGUGUCAGCGCUCAGAUGGGGUCAAUGUCACAGGGGGGUGUUUCCCACAGAAAAGGCCGACCACGGUCAGACACUGCCAUCCCGCGUGCACUAAACCCUUCUCUCACUGCACACCGAGCGGAGUGUGUGGGUGUGAGAAGGGUUACACUGAGGUGAUGACCACACAUGGCUUUUUGGACUACUGCACCAGGACCCCGGGGGUGGAUACCAACAAGAAAGCUGAUGUGAAAACCAACUCUGGAAGAUUAAAGCCCGGGCCGUCUCAGGCCCAGGACCUCUUCCGCGAGUGGACGUUACGACCUGUUGGCCCAGAUGGAAGAGUAAAGCUAUGGGUUUACGCUGUGACUGCUGUUGGAUUCAUCUUAAUACUCUUCAUUAUUGCAUUAUCGUUCCUGGUCUGCAAGCCAUCCAAAACCACUAAGACGUCUCCACCACCGCAGAAGCCCUUGACCCUGGCCUACGAUGGCGACGUGGACAUGUAACCAGGCUGCUUUACCUCGAAAGGACGCGCUCGGCCUCGGACUCCUGACUGCGUUCAGAUUGUUAGCAAGCACGUCCAUCACUUAACACUGAUUGUUGGCCAGUUUAAGCCUGGGUGACCAUAUGCUGUAAUGCCAAUUGUAUUGCAGAAAUGCAGCGGACAUACGGUGACGAUUACACCUGAUUUGCUGCUGAAGGGCAAUGUAGCCCAUAAUUAUGGCAUCAGUCAACUUUCCUCCCCUAGGAAGAGGACUAAAAGCCGAAUAUGGUGGAAAUGAGAUAAAAUGUCUCUAGACAUAAAUGGAAAUAAAUGGACCUCUAGUUUCUUUUUUUAACUGCUUGCAAUGUGAACGCAGAGUUGAAGCACUGUUUGCAACCCACAAGUCAAGAGGACUACUUAAAGGCAAAGACUACGUGGAUUUCUGAGUUUUAUUGUGUUAAGAAUCAGAGGGACCACCUGAUUAUUUGUCUCGUAUUUGUGUGGUGAGGGAGCCAAAACAUCUCGAGUUCUUGAUCUCAUUCAAAAACGGAACAACAAAACAUUUGGCAUUUGACUUUGUCUCAUCAGUGCUGGAUCUUUGUAAAAAGAAAAUGUCACACGCCUUUCGGCUCAACAGCCUUUUUUUGAAUUUCUGAGAAUAAACAAGAUGCUCUAUGCACUACAUUAGUGCUGAUUCGCUUUUGUUUAUUUUUUCCUUUCAAAUGACUUUUCUAGUGUUUUAAUUGUAAUGCAAGUUGUUGCUGUCAGAUUGUGUUUUGUUGAUGAUGCCAUACGUUGUGUACAUGUGGAAACCAAAAGCAGGCUUGCCUUGAAUUUCACAAAACAAUGAUGCAGUAUUUUUUCUCCUCCCUGAUUCUCAUAAGACUUCUCAAAAUCGUGGAUUUUUUUGGUUCCUGACACAUGGCAGACUGUGUUGUUGGUCAACAUGGUCAAGACUUAACAGCAAACAACACACACAGACCUUUAAAUGCUAAUUAUCAAAUGUCAGCAUGAUGAUCAUACCUCACACAAUCUUUUUCAUCAAAUCAUGCAAACAAGAAAGCACUGAUCACCAAAACAAAUAAAAGAAUGGAGAUGGUGAAUUAUCAACUGGAUCACGCACAGUGUAUUUUUAGAGCAAAGAGGCUUUACUUCUUUUCACAAGGAUGUCAUACGUUUCUUACACCAUUUAUUUGACUGUAUUACAUCCACUUACAAAGUCAUUUGACAAAGCAAGACAGCAUUGUGUUCUUUGUUUCCUCUUUUAUUUCAGUUUUUGGACCAUUAAAGACAGGGCUCAAAACAUGACAGCAAACACCAAAUAUUUAAUUAAGUUAUAUUUCUCAUUUCUAUUUCUCUAGCUCAUGCACAAAAGUAAUGACUUUUUUGGUAACCCUUUCUAGGAAGACCACAUCUCUAGUGUGUCAUGGGGGCAUUCAUAGUAACUAAUAAUACAGUAAAGAUUUAAAUUAGAAUCUAUGCUGCAUCAUAAAUUGUUAUGUAAGUCGCCAAAAUGCAGAGAAUCACAAAUAACACCUGUCUGCUUUAAGGAUGGAAUGUUUUGUUGUCAAACCUACAUGACAUAUUGAAAGUAAGAAAAAGACGAAAUGCAUUUUGUCAAGUUUUAAUUUCACUAUGGAUGGAAAUAGUGAGUUGGCGUGUCACAAACAAGCAACAGUAACUGACAAAAUGUAUUUUGUCUUUUUUUUUUUUUUUUACUUUGAAUAUAGCAUAAUGGUUUUAUAAUUUAAUGUUGCAUUCCUAACACAGACAAACUUUACUUGAAAUUCCCUCCCACGGUUUAGUAACAUUUUUGGCGUCUUACAUAAUAACCACUGCAUGUAAAUGCAUUACCCUUUACCAACAACAAUAAAAUGCUUUGAUGAAGCAGGCGUUUUUAUGAAUUCAUCAAUAUGAGCUUUACUUUACACAUACAAAGAUAACUUAUGACACUGCAUGGACUAUUGUAGCACACUAUUAGUCCUUGCAUUUGAUAGUUGGUGUGCAUAGGUGAUAAUAGUUAGUCAUAAUGUAUUUUAAGCCCCAUCAGUCUAGGUCAUUAAUAAGACACAUUAUAAAUCACAUCUAUAGUCUUUCACGACUGCUGACAUAGUGCAGAAGAAAGCAUUAUGUGUAGUAAUGAAGCAUGUGAAAAGCUUUAUAGUUCCUUAUGAAUGCCCUCAUAGAAAGUGCCACUGACCUUUCUUUAAUUCAGCCCUGGAAUUGGUUCAGAUUUCCAUUUACAGUAUAAGGCAUCCACAAUCUUAGUAAAGCAUCAUAGUGGACCAUAAACGCUUACAUUUAGUAUCAUUUAGUGACGAAUCCUUCAGUGCAUUGUUCAUACGACCCAGUGGAGAAUUAAGUUCCUUAAACUUGUUGGCUUUGGCCCUGACCAGAGUUUACGCUGCUUCUCUUUCUGCCUCUACAAACUGAAGACACACAAGACUCGGUCUUGUGUUAUCUGACCUCCAUCUGAAUGUAUUUUACCGGUAACUCUAUAAUCGUAGUGGUUGUACAAAUACAGUUGUUACAUGCUGUAACAAUUGUAUUUUCACAGCUGAUUGUAUGUAAGCAUGCUUGAUCUAUUUUGACAGAAAGUGCUCCGAGUGGCCUUGCAAAGAUUCUGUUUUACAAGUUGCCAAACUUUUUAGAGUUGUUUCUUUCAGGCAGUGUUUCUACACUGGACGAUUGGUGAAUGUUAGGUCAAUGUAAAAUCCAAUUUUGAGAUAUUGAUAAUCUCUAGAUAACAGAAUCAACUAAAUUAUCUGGGCACACUUCCAUUAUAAAACAAAGAACAGUCAACUUCUGACAUAUUGGGUUUUAUCCAAGUACAUUUAAAAGUAUGUUCACUCAUUGUUUGCAGUGACAUGCAAUUUGUUUUACUAUUGUGUGUACAUGGAGAGCUGGACAAAAAUGCAAAUAAAUUGUGGAACCAUGUGGAAAAUAAA